AUGCCACACAUCGAAGUCAUCCCCAUCACCAGCGGUGCCGCACCGGCACCCGGCUGGGCAUAUGUGCCCGAUACUGGCUACGACCCGAGCAAAGUUGCCAUCAACCCGACCGCCCGCAAACGCACUGCUCGCCAGGACCUCGCUGGCGCACCCGACCUUACCGGCCGCCAGCAAACGCAGCUACAUAAGCGCAUUGCCGAGCUCGACCGGGAGAAUCAGAAGGAGGUGGCGCUGCCAGCGAGAACCAAGGAGCGAGCCUCUACUCCGCGAGAAAAGGCCGGCCGGAAGAUGACGCCUGCCGUCCGCAAGAUCCUGCAGAGCGGCCGUACAUUUGCGCAUUGGCUGGCGGAUGAAGAGGCGUUGAGUGCCCAGCGCCAUGCUGCUGGACAGUCGUCGGCUGUACAGACGGCGGCGGCAAGCCCGGCGCCCAGCUCCUCAGCAGCUCCCUCGGGCACGCAGAGCAGUCGCUCGAAGAAGACACUGGCAUCACGAACGAAACGUAGCGGAUCCACUGCUGUCUCUUCGAGUCCCGCCACUCCAACUGCACAAUCCGCCCUUUCGACUGGCAGCGUUGCCGCCCAGUCUCCAGCCGCCCAAUCGGCAGCAGAAGCCGAGCUCACAGAUGCACCGCCGAUGGAGGAGGAUGCUCCGUUGCUUUGCUCAGUGGCGCCUGCGGCUCCCUCAGUCCAGGAGAUCCAAGCUCUGCUUGCGCACCCUCCGUUGCCGUAUGGUGCUGCGAGAGCAGCGCCACCCAACCCUGAAGGCCCCCCACGCCGGCAAUUUUGUGAGAUAUGUGGCUAUUGGGGCCGCAUAAAAUGCUUCAAGUGCGCUGCAAGGGUUUGUGGGCUCGAAUGCAAGAGAGCUCACGAUGAGACUAGUUGCUUGCGCAUGUAG